ACACAGAAACUACUCACAUCCCAUUCGUCUUCCCACAUGGCCAAGAAGACUACCAGGAACACCAAGCGCGACAAAAAGAAGAAUCCCAGCAUGGCAAGCACGCAGUCGCCUGAACAGCUCUACGCGACUGCCCUCGAGCUGGUCGAGCAGUCUCAGCCGGCAGAAGCACUGGUCGUGGCCAAGCAACUCUGGUCACACGUCAAGAAUGGAUCCGUGACAGAAAAACUGCCUGCGGCAACACUGCUAGGAGAAAUUUCCAUCGAACUCGGGGCCGCAGAUUCGGCCCGCGACUACUUUGAGCAGGCUGUGCAACUCGACCCCGAAGGCAGAGUCCCAGAGGCCCUUGGUGGCGGCGCCGAGAAAUUCCUGUGGCUGGCACAACUGUGCGAGGAGGGUGGGAAACAGAGUGUGCAGUGGUUUGAGAAGGGUGUCAAGGCUUUGCAAUUUGAGAUCGAGGCCCUGGAGAAUGGAACGGGAGUGCCCCCGGGGGUCGAUCAAGAGUCUUUGCUGCUCAUGCGCGUGGAGAAGAAGCGAAAAUUGGCCAAUGCUCUUUGCGGAAUCGUGGAAGUGUACAUGACAGAUCUAUCAUGGGAGGAUGAUGCAGAAGCUCGCUGUGAGAGCUUGGUGACUGAGGCGAUGGGCAUCGAAGAUGAGACGAGCGCAGAGGUCUUACAGACGUUGGCUUCAGUUCGCCUGUCACAGGAUCGCCGUGAGGAUGCUCAGGCUGCACUCAAGCGUUCGUUAGCCAUGUGGGUGGAUCUUGAACCAGAGGACCCGGCAGUACCUGACUUUCCUACCAAGGUCUCACUUUCGAGACUACUUAUGGAGGCCGGCCUCGAGAGUGAGGCAAUGGAGGUUCUGCAUCGUCUCAUACAAGAAGAUGACCAGAGUGUUGAGGCGUGGUAUCUGGGAGGCUGGUGUCAACAUCUCCUCGCCCAACGUGAGAAGACCAGCACAGAUGCGAAUCAUUCAGAAGCAAUGGACACCGGUACUUCCUCGACGGAGAAGCAGCUUCAUUUGCGUGCGUUGAAGGGCAGCCGCAAAUGGCUCAAAACCAGUCUGAAGCUUUACAAACAGCAGGAUUACGAAGACGACAGACUUUUCGAUCACGCACAAGAGCUUGUGCAGAAGCUGCAAACGAUCCUGGGUCCUGAGGAUGAGAACGCCGAAGCAAAUGGAGAUGAUUCAGAAUGGGAAGGCAUAGAGGAUGGUGAAGGCGAGGAUGCAGACGAAGAUGAGGAUGAGCAAAUGCAAGACUCGUAAGUCCAUCGGCCCCUCCGAACGAUGCUCUCGUGGGCGUCCAACGCUCAGUCGAAUGCUGGGGAACCGUUCGUCUGCCUUCGGCUUCAAACAAGCGAUUCGAUUAUCCAUCAGCGCUAAGCGGCUGGAGCGACGAGAUCUAGAUGCUUCCAAUACACCCGCGCCCCGAGAGACUCAGAUCGGAGUGAAAAGGGCUAUGCCUGCCAGCUGUGUCCGCCAAUCACAUUUUCGUGCAAAGUAUCAGCCAAUAGUCUGAGAAGCUGAUUCAUAUCAGCUGAAGAGCUGGAGCCGAAUGUUACACGCGAUAAACGCGCAAUACUGAUCUUGGCGAUGUAUGACAUUGUCGCUGCCAAAGCGUCUCGAAGGAAGGCAGACAGAAUUCUCAUGUGAAUACUACUAGGACCUUGUUGGAGCUCAUACUUUGCGGCGUUGCCGAACUGGACCUCAAGGUUUUCCCUCUACCAAACAUGAAUUGCUCCGCAGGCGACUUUGAGCUGCGAGCUGCGAGCUGUCAUCCUCCAGGCGCACGGCUGGGGUUGCACGACCGACUGGACGUUGAGAAGAGGCGUAUGUCAGUGCAGCUGCCCGUCAUCAUGCCCGUGGCGACGAAAGCAGAUCUUCUCCCUUCUGUGUGCUUCACCGUCGGACAUUAAAUGGAUAGUGCGCAUGUCUCGGGCAUGGCCACAGCAGCGAGAAUUCGAUUACUGGUAUCCAAUGAACUUCCUCCUCUCUUUCCUACUGGACCUCGUCACUAGUUCCGAUGGGGAGCAGGACAUCUUCGCCUGCGCACACAUUUCUCACCAUCACCAUCUCAUGAGAAGCUUGCGUGCCUGUUUGAACCCACUGCCAUAGCUCGUGUGGAUCGUGUGUGCCGUAUGAGACCAAUGCGCGGAUCACGAGCCCAGUUGUCCAGCACGAGAUCUCAGAAUCCCGA